AUGGCAGAGGUGGCCCCCCCUGCUACCCCCACAGUGCUGGAGCAGUUCGGCUACGAACUGAAGCAGAUGCUGGGCCACAGCACCUACGGGAAGGUGUACAAGGCUGUGGCCUGCCAGCAGCGGGCACAGGUCGCCAUCAAAGUCAUCUCCAAAAGAAAGACACCGGAGGAAUAUCUCAGAGAGCUCCUGCCCCAUCACAUCCAGGUAUUGAAGGGGCUGCACCACAAGCAUCUCAUCACCCUCUACCAGGCCAUCGAGACCACGGCACGGCACUACAUCAUCAUGGACCUGGCCGCAUCGGGGAACGUCCUGCAGCGGGUGCAGAGCCAGGGACCCUGCCCUGAGAGCCUGGCGGGGCACUGGUUCUCCCAGCUGGUCCUCUGCCUUGCCUACCUCCACAGCAGGGCCAUCGUCCACCGGGACUUGAAGCUGGAGAACCUCCUCCUGGACUGCCAGGACAAUGUGAAGAUCUCCAUCUUCGGCUUCCCCCAGAAGGUGGCCCCGGAGGAUGCCAAUGGGGAGUUGCUGAGAGCUUCCAUGGCUGCAGGGGCGCCUGCCAGGGGGGCGCUGAGCCAGACCUUCUGCGGGUCCUACGCCUAUGCCUGCCCUGGGAUCCUGCAGGCUCAGGCCUAUGACCCCUUUCUGGCAGACACCUGGAGUGCUGGUGUCAUCCUCUAUGCCUUGCUUCUGGGCCACCUGCCCUUUGAUGACACCAACCUGUGGCGCCUCCUGCAGCAGAUCCAGCAGCCCCCCAUCUUCCCCUCAUGGCAGCCCCUGCCCCAGGAGUGCAAGGACGUGAUCCUGCGCCUGCUGUGCCCGGCCUCGCAGCGCCUCUCAGCCCAGGAGCUCCUGCAGACCCCCUGGGUCUCUCGCUUCCUGCCCCCAGGUCCCCUGGGGGACCUGCCCUCUGCCACAGAGGCCCCUGAGACAUAAUCCUCCAGCUGCAGUUUUGGGGACCCACUCUCCCUGGCUUCAGAGGACCUCUAAUAAAAGCCUUGAGCCCUCCUUCAGCUCCCUCUUCCCUUGGGACACCCCUGUUAUGGGGGGCCCUGCAAGAGGGGCCCUCCCCCUUUAUUGUGGGCCCACCUGAGCCCUACAAAAUGCAUCCCCUUUUCAGUGACCCCCCCAUUCAUGGGAUGGUUUAGCCUGUCCCCCCCCCCAGCCCAGCCCCCCUCAACCAGUGGUUCAGCCCGUGCGCCCCCCACCGGACUGGUUCAGCCCUCUCCCCGCCUAUGGACAACUCCCGUGCAUCAGGCAGUGGUUCGGUCCAACCCCCUCCGCGGGCGAUGGUUCAGCCCCGCCGCUGACUUCGCCCGAGAGCCCCACCCCCACCCAUGGCGGCUCUUAAACGGGCUACGCCUAUAAAAAUAUGGCCCAUGUCUUAAGGGGGAAAAGUCCCCUUUGACUCCGUGACCGCUAUAAGAUGCCAAGGGGAUUCCGGGGGGAGGGUGAAGGCAGAUUUCCCGUCAGAGAGCCCUGGAGUGGGCGGGGCCCCAGGGUUUGGGGGCGGGGCAAGCAGCCCAGCGCACCACGUGCCUGGUUUCCACGCGGGCCCUGGUCCGGGGAGACUUGGCCUUGUGUGUGGUUGCUGUAAGGUGCAGUCCCAGCUCCUCUCUCUGAUUUGCAGAAAACUGCGGCUUCAAAUUUUAGCAUAGAAGCUGCUUCUGCAGCCUUUUCUUUGCAGAUCUUUAAUGACUACAAGUUCUCCUUCAGCUUGUAACUGCAGUGCAGCACUGGCUGCCUUACCAUGUUAGGUCAUCGUGAUGAUUCUAUCUGCUGUCAAUACUAAGAUCAAAACCAUUUUUCUCUGGUGCAUCAAAGCACCGGAUUGUGCCAACAAGUAAAAAAUGGCCAGUGGAGCUUUAGUUGUCCUUCUCACCUCUGCGUGAUACUCUGGGGCAUGUGGACAGGGCUGGUGACUGCUUGAGCCUCUGUGACUGUUUCUUUAUAGCUCUCCUGAGCACAACUUUGGGAAGAAAAUACCUGUUUCAGAGGAAAGUUUAUUUUGUAUUGAUAUGUUACACUGGCAUUUUAGCAUUCAUCUUUAACGGACUGCUCAGAAACUAUGCAACUAUUCUACAAUGAAGCUAAACAAAUUGAAAUUGUAAAUUAAGUACUUAAAUUAACAUAAUUCCUAUAAUACUUUUAUCUUUGCUGAUUUUAUAAUCAGUUGUACAAAGUAGCUCAAGGAGCCUAAAUGUUUUGUAAGCACAGAGCUACCAUUUUAUUAAGCAAGAAGACCAGAAAACUCAGAAUAACACUAUUUGUAUCCCUGAAGCAGUGUCACAUUUCCAGAUGAGAAGCUGGGUUUUGAUAUGGAUGGAAUGUGGUUUCUUGCUACUUGACCAUGUGAUUUUAUAAAAGUCAAAAGUGAAAAAAAAAUGUUGGGGGCAGGCAGCCUGCAAAAUGGAGGAACUACUUUCUCUUUGAUCACCGUGCUUCGAGUUUAUUUUUAAUUCUUAUUUGGACCCAGCCAGUGAACUCAAACCCUGGGAGACAUUUCCCCUGCUUGGAGAAUGGAUUUAGGUGCCUUGCAGUAAUAAACUCCCCCUCCACCCCA